GCUCUCUCUCUCUCGCUCCCGUUGUUACCGUAGUCGGGACAAUAAUGUAGGCUACAAGUGCGAGAGGAUUCUCUCGGCAGAACGGGAUGCAUUUUUAUAUUUUUUUCUCCUCAUUCGGCCUCGCGAAAACGGUGCUGAGUAGUUACAAAACGUCUGAAUUAUCGUAGAAUCUUACAACGAAAUAAAGAGAUUGAAGGAGUGAGGAAAAAAGAGGAUUUCGUUAAAUGGCCUAGAAAAGUGAAUGGUGAAAAUAUUCAGUCGUGAUGAACAAUUCGCCGCAAAACUCGGAUGUCCAAGUCGCCAAUCGACGCGCAGCUGCUGGAACUUCCGAAAACAGCGAUGACGAGGACUGGAGUGGACUUGUCGAAUGUGCUGUUUUGGAAAGAUCGAAAUCUGAUCGCGUGACUAGAGCCGAUGAAGAUCGACGACGCCGCACAAUAAUAGUCGAGAAAAAAAAUGGCACUUACGGUUUCACCCUACAGAGUUAUGGAAUUCAUUACAAGAGGGAACAAGAAAUCGAGAUGGUCACGUACGUGGAUUACGUGGAAUAUGACGGGCCGGCGUUCAAGGCUGGGAUGCGAGAGGGCGACGUGAUUCUUUCGAUAAAUGGCCACGAGAUGGACCGCGCUGACCACAAGACAUUGGUCAAUUUCAUAAAGAAUUGUGACGCGCGAAUGCGAAUGGUAGUUUCGUUCGAAGAUUGCGUGAGAAAGGUUGAGUUGCAUAUGCGUUAUAUCGAAUUGCAACGAGCCUUGCAAUCUCGUCUGGCUGAAUUGGAAAGAUUGUGCGAAAGGGAGAGGUCGAUUUUAUUGGGAAAAUGGAAGACGCACUCCCUGCCGGCGAGAAAACGAACUCCGACUGGAAUAAUGACCAAUCCCAGCCAACCGUCGCCCUCUUCAAGCUUCAAUUCGUCGACCGUUCAGUGCUGUCGUCCAGCGACAUCUACCGAGCAUCUUUUACUUUACAGUGUUUACGCGGACGGUCGUCCUUGUCUGAUACCUCGGAACGCGGCGUGUUUGGUGGCGGUAGGGCCGCCGCGUUCGCGUAGCGACCACCACCAUUUUUUAUCGAAAUCAUCGAACGAGACAUCGUCGAUAUCUUCGCGGCACAGUUAUCACCAAGCGAACGGAUUGUCGACCCCGGCGAAGUCGAAUAAAACGGGCCACAAGUCGUUGCAGUCGUCGUGUUCUGUCGGCAACGCCGAUAUUCACGCGCAAGCUUUGCAGCAGCAACAGCAGCAGCAGCAGAGUUUGUGCGUUGCUUGUAUAUCGAGCGCUCACAGGCGGAGAGACCAAACGGACGGGGCGAGUUUGGACGUUUACGAUUUGGCGAGUCCCUGCUGCGAUCCUAAUUGCGUGCCAAGCAGACGACGGAGAGAAAAACAGAGACGAGCUCGGAACGAACAGCAGAAUCAACAUCAACAACACCAUCUUGCACAACAACAGCAACAGCAGCAGCAACAGCAGCAGCAACCACAAACAACACAACACCAAUCGCACAACUGUUCCCGAGCUUCGGGUCACAGUCUCCACUCGAUAACGAGCAGCGAAAUGUCAACAGCUGCGGAGAGCGUAGCCUCGUGUUCGACGUCUUUGAGCACGGACACACUUUAUUGGGAUCCAAACGUGCACCAGCGUCCGCCGGCUUGUCUGCAGUACGCAAAGCCCAAAUCCUGGGAUAAUUUAACAACGAAAGCUUUCGGAGGUUAUGGUUUCGGUUACGGUUACCUCGACACGGGAACCGCGAAGACGCACAGUGCCGAGCGUCCGGGAAAGAAUUCUCACGCGAGAGCCAAAACUCCAACGGGCGGAACAUCGCAGCGCCGAAAUCCCGGGAACGCAACGAUUUACCCGACGAAUUCAGGCGCUUCGAGCGGCCCGAGGCACUUCCAACCUACCAAAUCGACCGAAAGCUUGCUCGCUCAGAACCCUUACAAUCAAACCGAUCACGCACCCGACGCUAGCCUCAGCUGCGAAUGCCUCGACAGCACCACCUCGAGAUUCGUACAGAAAAUCGACAAACACGAUUCCAAGAGACAAGGAGACAAUCCUAACAACUACAACAAUUCUACGAACUCUCAUGCACAGGCGAACAACGCGAGACACCGCAGAUCCAGCCACUCCGAUGGCAAACUCAGGGCCUCUAACAAUUCCGAGGUUACUCGGUUGUGAGACGCUUCACUUAUCGGCCCAAAUUUGUAACGCAGUUGUCUGCUUAUUGGAAUAAAUUGUGUACUUCGUUGUAA